GUGACAGAGAAGGAGACUGUGCAACGGGAGAUCGCUUCGCAGCAACCGGCAUCACGGGACAUAGUGACGCCGGAUGUGGGAGAGACGCUGGCUCACGAAUUGCUGGACACUGCGGUCAAGAAUGUCGAGUUGGAUGCUAAUGAGGUAGUGCGUAACGGCUCCACCGUCUUCACGCCGACAGAGGUGAGCGUUGCAGCUUCGCAAGCUGAGGUUGAUGCACUGCGGGAGAAUCUGGACAAACCUCCCUCUCGCACGGUGUCAGAGGCGGCAACCGUAUCACCUGAGUUGGCUCUGGAGGAAGAUGACCAGC